CUUCACUGCCGAGUGGCUCAAUGGCAUCAAUAAGGACCGGCGCGCGGGGCGUCUGGAACGCUGUCUGCUGGCAGCUGAGGAGCGCGUGCUGCGCCUGCCCUGGACUGAGCUCAUCUGUCCACAGUUUGUGCAUGAAGGGGGCUUUAUGGUGGGCAGGCGAUGCCCACCAGGCACCAGCCCUGAGGGGCUGGGGGCACGGAGUCCUGGAGAUGGGCACCACUCCAGUGGGGAAAGCCGGGAGGUAGAGGGGGGCGGCCCAGAGGGGGAGUACGUGCAGCUCCUGGAGAUCAGCCCCCCCCGGCCCAAUGCCCCCCUGGCCUUUGUGCCCCCUGAUUCCCAGAGCCGCACCCUGCCUGCCCGCAAGGGCCACAACAAGGGCCGCAACCGGCGCCACCGGGCCUGGCUGCACCCCAAGCCAGGGCGUGAGGAGACCUUGCCCAGGAACCGGACCCGCAGAACUUGGGAAGGGGCACAUCUGGGAGGUGGCCAAGGCCAGGGGAGGGUGUUCCUCCAGGAUUGGGACAUGUCACGGCUGCCCAGAGCUAGGGCAGGGCAGAGAUGCAGCCAAGGGGAUGGCGAGGACCAGGGGGUAGAUGUGCCCUUUGCUGUGGACACACAGAAAUCAGGCAAGGAAGGAUGUUUGCCCGGAGAGGGGCAGCCAGUGGGAGACCCCGGUGAAGGGUGUUUGCCCGGGAAGGAAAUAUGGGAAGGAGGUCCUGGAGUGGGGGAGCAGGGAGGAGACCCCAGGGAGGGCUGUGUACCCAGCGAGGAGAAGCAGGGAGGGGACUCCAGAGAGGAGCGUUUCCCUGGGCAGGAGAGUGUGCCAAGGGAGACAGAGAGACAAGGAGAAGCCAGGGAGGGGCAGAGAGAAGGGGACUGUGCAGACAGACAGCUGAGGAGGGGUCUGGUGGAAGGGCAGCAGGCAGUAGACCCAGGGGAGAGGCAAUCUGGAGGGGUCCUGAGGGAGGCACAGCAGGGAGAGGACCGUGGUGGGACAGCCACCUCCCUCCAGCCUAAUGCUGCCGGAGCACCAGCCAAGGCCAAGCCACCAGGCUUGAGCAAGGGGCCGGGGCCAGCUGGACCCCCUUGCCCUGGCCAGAGGGAACAGAGCCCCCCGAGUGGCUUCAGAGGGGUGGCUCCUGACACAGAGACAGCACCAGCCAGGGCUCACCUGCAGGCAGGGGGUGACAGAAGCUGCCCCCCAGCCCCAGCAACACCACAUCGAGCCCCCAGAGGCAAUCGCCGGAGGAGGAAGUGGGGUGGGAGAGGCUGCUCCACUGCUGGAGGCAGGAAGGAGUUUUUGCCCGCAAGGGAGCUGGCCGUCCCUGCCAGCGAUGGGCAGGGGUGCAUUCCCCAGGGGUCUGAAUUGCCUAGCACUGCUGCCAAAGUAAAAAGCCAGGUGCCCCGUGGGACUGGGAAAGAGAGUGUCCCCACUGACACUGGGGUCCCGAACACACUUGCCAUGGGAGAAGAGGGCAUCCCUGAGAGCCAGGAGGAGGGGGCUGGCACUGACGUCCCAAGGCACGAGGCUGGCACGAUGGACGAAACUGGGGACUCCACCCAGCAGGACGGGGUUGUCCCUGGAGAGGUGGAUAUCCCCACCCCCCUUGCAAUACCCAGCACCGAGGGUAUGGGAGGUGAGGGUGCCCCUGCCAGUCCAGGGCAUGCGACCUCCCAAGCCAACACCGAGGAAAAGACCAUGGCCACGGUCCCCAGCCCACAGGCCAGCGCGGGGGAAAAGCUCAUCACUGGAUCCCCGAAGCAGAUGGAGCCUGUUGUGGCUGGAGAAGCCUCAGCAGAGAAUGCCCAUCCCCCUGAGGGAGCAACAGAGCCCAGCUGCCCCCCUGGCUCCCUGCCCUCCACCUCAGCUGUCCUUGGGCAAGAUGUGGACUGGGACCUCCUGCGCUCUGGCAUCUUCCAGCUGACAGGAGGCAUGGACCGGGCUGGAAGGGCUGUGCUGGCCGUCACCCUGCCGCCCCCAGGGGAUCCAGCCCAAGCCCUGGCCCAAGAGGAGUUCAUCAAGGCCCUGAGAUACCUGCACUCGCUGCUCAGGAAAGAACAGCAGGAGCUGGGGUUGAUGGUGCUGCUGGACCUGCGGCAGGGGGGGCUCUUGUCCCCCCACUCCCCUGCGCUACUGGCAGCCCUGCAGGAGCUGCAGGAGGUGUCCCCAGCACUCGUGAACCGCCUGCUGGUGUUGGCCCCACCGGGGGACCCUGGGAAGCUGGCACUCGCUCAGGAGAUGCUUGUGCUCUCUGUCGCCGACCUGCCCCGCUUCGUGGAGCCCCAGCACCUGCAGCAGUGUUUGGGGGGCAGCCUGCAGCACUCACAGGCCCAGUGGGUGGCAUCGUGCCAGGCGCUGGAACAGCUGUGCAGACUCUGCCGCGACGUGCUAUGCUCGGUGCAGGCAGCCAGCGUCGAGGUGGAGGAGGGGUCAGGAGCAGAGAGGAGCAAUGAGGAGCUGACUGCUCAAAUCGCCAGGCACCAGGACACCAUGCGCAGGCUGCUGUCGGAUGCACGCCUGCUGGAGCUGCAGAGCGAGGGAGGAGCCCUGCUAGCCCGGCUGUGUCCCUGGGAAGCCCUCAGCGGCCUGGCUGAGACGGCUUCCAGCCUCUACCAGGAGGUGGACAACGCCAUCCAUAGGCUGGGGGGGCUCAGCAAUCGGCGCCUAGGGGAACUGGAGCAGCUGCGCCAGCACCAGGAGAUCGGACAGGCCCAGGAUGGGAGCCUGGAAGAUGAGCAGUGCCUGGCCGCUCCUGAGGACGACGAGGGGCCAAAGGCUGUGUUUGGGGUGCUCAGUCAGCACCAUCAGCCCCCCACUGACGCCUCAGGCAGUGUCUGCCAGGAGAUGCAGGCGCUGGCCCUGCAAAACCCCCGGGCCGCGCAGGAGUGGGGGCGCUGCCGAGCCCGCUGCCAGGAGCUGGGCUGCCUGCUGCAGAGGAGGAUGCGGGCUGCCCUGCAGCCUGCCUCGCCACCCCGCCGCCGGGCCGGCAGCACCAGUGCCUCCUGCUCACCCCAGCACCCGCUGCGAGGCCUGGGCACUGGGUUUGGCUCCUCCCGCAGCAUGAGCUGCGUACUGCCCCCACCCAGCAGCCCCUUGUCCAGUCUGCAAGUGGCACCCUCCUGCCAGUCGCUGGGACCUGCCAGAGAGCUGGCAGAAGACAGCGGGAAGGAGCGGGGCCCCAGCCCCACAGAUGCACCCCCCAGCUCCUUCUUCCAAGCCCCCACCCUGCCAGCAGGCAGCUCCCCUCCUGUGGGUACACCACCCCUCUGCCGGCCCUCCUCCAAGGGACCCCCUGCUACUCAGAGGGCACUGAGCGAGCCGGGUCCCGGCAGCCCCCGCCCUGGCGUCCACAUCCGAGGCCUGGAGGUGAGCAGCCGGGAGGUGGUGGACAGGACCUGCUCUCCCCGGGAGCACGUCAUGCUGGGCCGCACUGGUGCCCAGAGAGCCGAGGCACCCUGGGGAGGCACACCCAGCACCGAGAGGAAGCGUCGCUUGGGCACCCAGCAACGUUUGGUGGCUGAGCUGAUCACACUGGAGCAGCAGUACGUGAGCUGCCUAGUAGAGCUGCUGCCUCUGGGCGUCGGACACCAGGAGCUGGCCUCGGAGCUGAGGCACGAGUGCAGCACAUUGCAGGGCCUCCGGGACCGCCUGCUGGCCUUCCACCGUGCCUACUUCCUCAAGGAGCUGCAGGGCUGUACCAUCCACCCCCUGCGUGUGGGCAGCUGCUUUCUGCGCUAUGGGGACCAGUUCAGUCUCUAUGCCCUCUAUGUGAAAAGCCAGCAGAAGCUCGAGGCCAUGUUCACAACUCAGCGAGUGCACAGCAAGGGUGGGCCCGGUGGGCUGGAGGGGCUCUGGGAAGAUGGGGGACUGGCGCGCUCUCUCCAGAGGCCCCUGCUCCAGCUGGAGCACUACGGACGCUUCCUGGAGGAGCUGCUGCGGGAGAGCGGUGCAGAGCAGACGCAGGAGCGCGAGGCCCUGCGGGCAGCGCAGCAGCUCCUGGAGUCCCAGGAGCAGCAUGGCAGGAACCUGCUGGCCGUGGAGCAGAUCCGAGGCUGUGAGAUGGACCUGAGGGUCCAGGGACAACUGCUGCAUCGGGAUGAGUUCACUGUGUUGUGUGGGCGCCGCAAGUGCCAGCGCCACAUCUUCCUCUUCGAACACCUGCUGCUCUUCAGCAAACGCAAGGGUCCCGAGGCCGGCCUGGACGUCUUUGUCUACAAGCAGGCCUUCAAGACGGCCGAUAUGGGACUGACGGAGAACAUUGGGGAGAGUGGGCUGCGCUUUGAGCUGUGGUUCCGGCGCCGCAAGUCACGGGAGGCCUAUACCCUUCAGGCAGCCUCGCCAGAGGUCAAGCACAAGUGGACCAGUGCUGUGGCCCAGCUACUCUGGAGGCAGGCCACACUCAGCAAGGAGCUGCGCAUCCAAGAGAUGGUCUCCAAGGGCAUUGGCGACAAGCCUUUCCUGGACAUCCAGGCUCAUAGCCAGGGCCACCUGAGUGCUCUGCUCAUGGGCAGAGCUGCCCGCACACGUGCCUCUGUGGCUGUCUCCUCCUUUGGUGUGGCCCCAUGCUCCCCGCCAGCUGCCACCUCAUCCCCACGCUCAGGCCCUAGCCCCCUCAGCCUGUUCUGUGAUGCUAGCCCAGUGACUUCUGCAGGGCACUCACCUGGAGGCUGCUCACUGCCCGGGCACUUGGAGGAGGAAGACUGGGAACUGGACAUCAAGCAUAUCCCACGGGCGGCUGAGAUGCCCGAGAGUGGAGAAGGCACCCCAGCACAAGGGGAGCCAUGCCUUGGAGGCAUGGAGUUGCCAGGGGGCUCUGCCCCAGUGCAGCGUCGACCGAGGGACAGCUGCACCCCCGCCGACCUGGCGACCCCGCUUUGACCCAACCAGCGGCAAGAGCUGGGUGAAAAGCCUGCACCGGAAGCUGUUUCUACCACGCAGCCGCACGGGACGGGACGAGAGCCCAGGGGCUGCCAGAAACCGGACGGUCUGAGAAACCUCAUGCUGCAGACCUCUGGCAUGGGGCUGAACAUGGACACCCCAACCGCCUGCUCUACCCACAUAGGGGCUCCUCACCUCUGCCCCUCCACUAAAACCGUGUGUCCCUACUAAAAUAAGGCCCAUUUUCAGCCCUUGGCCCCUACGGCCCUCCUUUCCAUUCCUCCUACCUUAACCUGUCCACAAUGGGGAGGAGGUACCAGGCCUCUUCCUGUUGUCUGAUGAAGGGAAGGGCAGGAAACAUCUCCCCCUCACAAAGGGAGGACAGAGGGAGACCCAUAGCACGGCCCAGGUGGCAGGGAAUGCCCCACGCUCAACCUAUUCAUUGGGCUGCCCCUAGCACGGACACCUGCCAGCUCAUGUGAAGACACAAACUCCCCUGAGCACUGAUCCUGCCCACAUGUGCUCUGAUCCCACCAGGUGGGAUUUUCCACCCCGGGGAAUCCCAGCAGAAGCCAGGCAGUGUUAGUGCCAUUGCACGAGGCCUCAUUCUGCAAAAAAAUCAAGUAUUUCUCACCAACAGAAAUACCCCGUGGGCUUCUGACAUGGUGGUAGAUUAGUUUGUGAAGGGGGAUUCGUAAUGCCCAACCCUCUACCCACCCCCACCCACUCACAAGGAUCCCUGCACACACCAGCUUGUGAGGGUGCCAAUCCCACUCAUGCUUAUACAGCUCUGCUUGCGUGGAUGCUGCCCAUCCUCUGCAGACAAACACCUCCUUGCCUGAAUUCCAGCCUGAAGGGAGCUUCCUGUAAUCUGAGUGUCAUGGACAAGUCUGUUGGGGAUCAGGAACUGAAUGUGAGCUCAGAAGGGCCUGCCUUAUUUGCAUGUUCAAAAUCCCAUGGAGUCCGGCACAGCCCAGCUGACCGAGGCUGUUCCUCAUUCUCUAUUGGCAUGUCCCACUGUGCGUGAGUACAAUGGGCAGUCAUGCCCCAUCCUUGGCCCUCUAAAAGGACGGGGAAAUCAGUGCCUGGGAAGACUAGCAUUAGGGUAGAUUGGGUGCGUCUACAUGUUCAUUAAUGUGCCAUAGUUACUGUGCAUUAAGUUGAGUACUUGGUUAACCAGGUACGAAAUAAAUGUGCAGUAACUCAACACUACUGCGCAGUAAUGCCGGCGCACGGUUUUUAGUGAUGUUUACUGCACAGUAGCCUAAUUACACUGCACAGUAACGUAUCAGCACGGGGUUUGCCCGGUACACUACUGCGCAGUAAGAGUCUUGUGUAGGUGUGCCCAUUGUGUCUAAAAGGGAAGGGAAACAUAAGUCCUUUAUGCACACGGGUGCACGUGCACCCCCUGAGAUUGACGGUGCAGCCCCUGAAAGCACUGUUGGCAGUGCCUGUGGGCAGUCACCGCUCACCCCUCUCCCCCAACACCGCCAGUGGCGUCUGCGGGCAGUCGCUGAUCGCCGCUGGCUGCUGCCGCCGCAUCUGCAGGUGGUCGCUGACCGCUGAUUGGCACUCGCCACCACCCCCCGCCGCAGCCGCCUGCAGGCAGUCGCUGGGGCAUGCGUCGUUCAUGCCUUUACUUUCCAAGCAAACUGGAGCAUUACGGGAAAUGUUGUGUAUAGAAGGAAUGAGCUGUCGUGGGAAAGUCUGUGCCUGGCAAACUGGACUAUUAUGGGAAAUUCUGUGCCUGGGGAACCUGGAGCAUUGUGGGAAAUUUGCUUCCACGAGGAACUGGGACAUUGAAGGCAAUUUCCUCUCUGGGAGAUAAGAAGCAUCCUGGGAAACCCCAUGCCUGGUAGACUGGAGCAUCAUGGGACUAAAGCAUGGGAAAUUCUGUGCCUGUGGACAUGAAAGCAUUAUGGGAACUUCCCUGAAGGGGUGGCGGGUGGGGGGGUAAGGUAGGGAACUAGCAUCACGGGAUAUAUGCCUGACAGACUGGAACACCGUGAGGACUCAGUUACACCAACUCUCACGUUGGGGUGACACGUAUACAAAUAUUCAUGACUAUAUGUACAAUGUAUAACCUGCGGGAGAGAGCCAGCAGGGCAUGGCUGCCAUUGUGGGUGAAAGCAGGGUUGGGUUGCCAAGGUGUGGGCAUAUGCCAAAUACAGCGCCAGCCCCGAGGACACCCCCUCUUGGGGGUCUCAGAGAAGGCUGGGGUUUUGCCAAGGAGCUAGGCUCUGUAUGCACUCCCACUGUUUAUCCUGUGUAUUAAUAAAGCAGAGAUACUAGCCAUCAGUCCGUGUUGCAGCCCUGUGUCCCACUUCCGUAGCUGCCUGCUCCGUGCCCAGCACACCUGGCUGGUCACAUCCAUGGAGGUCUAGAAAAAUGUCCUGCCCCUGGCAAGUCUAGCUGACCCCACAUCAGGAAGCAAAUAGCCUCAGCAGAAGUUGGGUGUGAGCACAAGGACGAGACAGGCCCAAAGUCAUCCCAGCCUUUUCUCCACACAUGGACCACACAUGGCACCCCACAGAAGAGAUAGGCCUGGAGCAGGGCAGUGCCCCUAGAGCCUCCACUCUGGAUGGCCAUUGCUGCUCUACUCUGCAGCCUCUGCUCCUCCUGGGGAUAUGCAGCACCAGCACCGGAGCUCCUGCCUGCUCGACAGAUGGCUACCACUAACCUGCACUUGUGUACUCCCAGGAAGCAGAGGCCCAACUGUAGGCUGCUGGCAGCCCCUUGCGCCAGAUAACAGGACUGAAGUAUGUGAUCACUGCUACCAUGGAGGAAGUGCAUUCCCCAUUGCAAUCGCCACACAAAGCCACGGCCAGCAGCCCUGCCAGUUGUGCAGCUCUGCCAUCCCCCCCUCUCCUGCAGGAACCCCUGUCCCCGCCAGCCCAGGGGUCGCCCGAGGAGGUGCCCCCCGGUGACGGCGAGAAUGAGCCUGCCUUCAACGGGGAGCUGGACCUGCAGCGCUACUUCAAUGGGCCGGAGCUGGGGGUGGCCCCCGGGACCGGGCGCAAGGCUCGGCCGUUCCCCUGCGCCGUGUGCGGGAAGCGAUUCCGCUUCAACAGCAUCCUGGCCCUGCACACCCGCAUCCAUGCUGGCGAGACCCCCUUCUUCACCUGCCCCUACUGCGGCCACCGGGCUGCCCAGCGCAGCCUCCUGCGUCUCCACCUGCGCUCCCACCCCCCCAAUGCCCACUCCCCCCUCAGCCACCAGAGCCGCCUGGUGCUGGAGCUGGAGGAGCGGGCACUGCUGCGGCGGGGCCCAUCAGCUGCCAGCGAGGGUGAGGAGGAGGAGGAAGAAGAGGAGGAGGAAGAAGAGGAGGAGGAGGAGGCAGCUGCACUGGAUCUUUCCAUUCCUCACUCUGCAAGUUCCACCUUAGUUCUGUCUGCUGCUAAGCCGAAUUC